CAUAGGAACGGCAUGGAGAGCAAAUGGAGUGGCUGGGUGCUGAUCCUUUCUGUGUGCCUGGCUUCCCACCAAGCCAGGGCCAGCCCCCUCCAGCAGUGCGACGAGCGGCCGGAGGACUGGUGCCGCGACGUGGCGACGGCGGCCAAGUGUGGGACGCUGGAGCUCUGCCGGAUCACCGUCUGGGACCAGGCCCUGGGGAAGGGGAUCCCGUGUCACCUGUGCCAGGUGGCGGUCUCUGUGGUGGGCAAGAUCCUGCAGGACAACCGCACUGAGGAGAAGCUGCGGGUCUUCUUGGAUAAGAAAUGCCAGUACCUGCCCUUCCAGGACUGGUCUGUCAAGUGCAAGAGGAUGGUGGACACUGGCAUCCUCAUCCUCGUCCAGCUGGGCAAGCAAGUGCUGUCGGACCCAAAGGUGGUGUGUGGGACCAUCAAAUUGUGCCAGCCCCGGGAGGGCCCCACGGGGGCCCUGAAGUUCCAGCAGGAGCCGCCGCCGGCCUCCACAGGCCCCGCUGAGGACUUCGCUGACCUGGGCAUCCCCUUCAUCACCAACAUCCCCCUCCUGCUCCAUCCCCAGGACCCGCCUCGCGGCGAGGCCCAGGAGAUGGAGGAGGUGUGCGGGGACUGCCUGCAGCUGGUGGCCGCCCUCCAGCUGGAGCUGGGGACCGACGCUGCCAUGGCCCCGGCGCUGGUGGCCGGCGCCGAGUGGGUGUGCGAGGGCAUGGCGCCUGGCCUGGAGCGGCAGUGCAAGCGCUACCUGGUCGCGUACGCGGACACGGCUGCCCGGCUGCUGCGGCACUUGCAGGCUGAGGACCCAAUGGAGCUGUGUGGCCGGUUGGGACUCUGCUCCUCUGCCUCGGUGCUGCCCCUCCACAUGCUGCUCACCGAGAAGCUGGUGCAGGUCCUGAGCGUGAUAGGGGACGGGGAGGGGACCACGCCGCUGUGUGAGAUGUGCCAGUUCGCCGUGAAGGCGGCCGAGAGCCUCCUGGAGAACAACGUGACGGAGGAGCAACUGGUGAACGACAUUGAGAAGGUGUGCUACAUGCUGCCCCACGGUGUCAUCGGGCAGUGCAAGGACUUUGUUGACUCCUACGGCAAAGCCGUGGUCAUCAUGCUGCUGGAGGCCACCGACCCGGCGGCCGUCUGCACCAUGCUGCACUGCUGUCCCCGCAGCGGGGACACCCACCGAGGGGCUGCCGCGCUGGAGCAGCUGGCGGUGGGUGCGGGCGCCUUCUGCAACGUCUGCCAGAUCGUCAUCACCUACUUUGAUAAUGAGCUGCUGAAGAACGAGACCUUGGCAGAGCUGGGUGAUGUGCUGGAGAAGGGCUGUGAGCUGCUGCCCACGCCGCUCACCAGCAAGUGCGAGGCGCUGGUGGUCCAGUACGAGCCGGCAGCCGUGCGGCUCCUUGUGCAGAUGAUGGACCCCAACUUCGUCUGCACCAAAAUAAGAGCCUGCGACUCACCCAAGGAGGAUCUCCUGGGCUCAGACCCCUGCGCCUGGGGCCCACGUUACUGGUGCAAGAACAUGGCCACGGCGGUUGAGUGCAACGCCGUCGAGCACUGCCGGCGUCACCUAUGGAACUAGGAGCCUCCUCCCCGGCUGCCUGGACUUGCCCGCCGCUUUGGUUCAGGAUCCCGGACCCCUUCCCUUGGGAUGCGCCCGCAUCCAUGGACGGCGACGGCAGGAGCCCACCGGCCUCACCACCCCGGCGGGGACUGUGGGGGACCCCAGCCACCUCUGCCUCUUCCUUCUCCACCCCUGGGGCUUGGAUUUCCAAAUCAGGUUAAGGGACUCGUCAGUAUUUUCAGGACUGGAGAUUCAGCCUCUCCGUCUCUUGGGCUGACUGCAAAAUCCCACCAUCCCUCCCCAUCCCCAUCCCCAUGCCCCUCCAUCCC